AGCAAUGCCUGCGAGAAGACCUCCUUCGCCUUCCUGCGGCAGGAGCUGCCCGUCCGCCUCUCCAACAUCAUGAAGGAGAUCAACCUGCUGCCGGACCGCGUCCUGCGCACUCCCUCCGUCCAGCUGGUGCAGAGCUGGUACGUCCAGAGCCUGCUGGACAUCAUGGAGUUCCUCGACAGGGACCCUGAGGACCAGACCACCCUGGGACAGUUCACGGACGCCCUGGUCACCAUCCGCAACCGGCACAACGACGUGGUGCCCACCAUGGCACAGGGGGUCAUCGAGUACAAGGAUGCCUACGGGGACGACCCCGUCUCCAACCAGAACAUCCAGUACUUCCUCGACCGCUUCUACCUGAGCCGCAUCUCCAUCCGCAUGCUCAUCAACCAGCACAAAAAUAUUUUGGGGGGGUGGGGGGAAGGGGGCCCCAAAUCCUCCCCCUACCUUCGUGCUGGGGGUGCUGACCCCUCUGCCUCCCUCCCAGACGCCUACAACAUGGCCAAGCUCCUGUGUGACAAGUACUACAUGUCCUCGCCCGACCUGGAGAUUGAGGAGGUGAACGCGAGCAACUCCCAGCAGCCCAUCAGCAUCGUCUACGUCCCCUCGCAUCUCUACCACAUGCUCUUUGAGCUCUUCAAGAACGCCAUGCGAGCCACCGUGGAGAGCUACGAGAACAGCCCGCGGCUGCCGGCCAUCAAGGUGAUGGUGGCCCUGGGCCAGGAGGACCUCUCCAUCAAGAUGAGCGACCGGGGCAUGGGCGUCCCCCUGCGGAAGAUCGAGCGUCUCUUCAGCUACAUGUACUCCACCGCUCCCACCCCGCAGCUGGGCACCGGGGGGGCCCCCCUGGUAGGUUUUGGGCUUGGCGUAGGGAUCUCCCGCCUCUAUGCCAAGUACUUCCAGGGGGACCUGCAGCUCUUCUCCAUGGAGGGCUUCGGCACCGACGCCGUCAUCUACCUAAAGGCCCUGUCCACAGACUCGGUGGAGCGAUUGCCCGUCUACAACAAGUCGGCGUGGCGGCACUACCAGGCCAGCCAGGAGGCGGGGGACUGGUGCGUCCCCAGCACCGAGCCCAAGAACACCUCCACCUACCGCGUCCCUUAG